UGACAGCCUAUCGUAAUUUGCACGCCUCUGUUGAAAACUCUUUUUAAUGUAAUGUAUAAAAUAAAAGAAAAAAAUGAAAACGGUCAUUUAAAUUGAGAGUGUAAUCAAGGCAGAUUGGGCAGCAGCGUCGUCGUCGCGUCACACCUUUAUUUUUUGUCGGCGAGAGCAGCAGUAGCGCGUAGAAUUUGGAGCAGCCAGCAGCGAAAUACAGGAAUUGGAAUCCCAAUCAGCAGGCGACUAUAAAGGGGCAGCAACAAUAACAACAAUUCCAAUUCAACUACGCACCCAUUAACACCCGCCCCCCGUCCUUGCCACCCCAUAGCCCCGCCCCCUAACCCCGCACGCCCCUCGAACGCCCGCACUUUUGGCACAAACACAGAGGCACACUAAAAAAAAACACCAAAACACAUAUAUACUUAUCAUCCGAGCGACAAAAAACCGACCGCAUUUAUCAUCCGCACAUCGCACAUCGCAUUGUUUGCUAUUGUUGUCUGCUCCGAUUUGCACGCGAAGGAGCAGACAAAGAGGACGCGCCGAGGAGGAGGAGAAGGAGGAGGUGCAGGAGGUGGAGGAGACGGCGACAAAGGAUCCGAGGCAUCCAGUAUCCUGCAUCUAUGGGUCAAAAGACGAGCACUCCGGCGACCAGUGGCCAGCAGAGCCCUCGCUCCAGGACAUUUUCGAGUAGCUCAACGGGAGCUGCGGACUCCACGCAGCAGCAGUCGAAUCCCGGCCAGAAUCGCGGUGGUCAGAAUGACGGCGGCCAGGGAUUCAAUCUGCUGCGCACUCCGCCCGUCCUGCAGGUGUACCACAACCAGAACUCCACGUCCAUUGACCGUCAGCGGGCGCGGAGUCUGAGCUCUGUGCCGGACAUCCAGCAGCAGGCGGCCCAGCAGCAGCAGGUGGGCUCGAUCACCUCGUCUGGGAGCAGUCCGCACUCGCAUCCGCACGCGGCACACGGCCACCCGGCUGUGGGGGUUUCCGUGUCGGCGAAUGCCAAUGAGAAUAGCCACAGUAGCUUCCCGGCGGCCGGGAACAACAAUGGAUCCGCCACGCAGCCCUACAUGCAGCAGAGGCGCACCCUCGGCGAUUCCAUACGGGACAUGACAAUGACCGGCGGCAAUAUCGCCGAGAGCAUCGCUCUGGCCGCUUCCGCCACGUCCGCCAAUGGGAUCGGCCGUGUCUACACGGCCACCUCGCUUCCAUCGCACAUUUGGUCCUUCAAUGGUAUCAAAUGCCCUGUGUGCAAUAAGUUUGUGUUGCCGGACGACAUUGAAUGCCAUUUAGUCAUGUGCCUAACGAAACCACGACUCUCAUAUAACGAGGAUAUUUUGUCGGACGCCAAGGGCGAGUGCGUCAUCUGCCUUGAAGACCUGAGUCCGGGGGACACCAUCGCCCGGCUGCCUUGCCUCUGCAUAUAUCACAAAGGAUGCAUCGACCGUUGGUUUGAGGUGAAUCGCUCCUGUCCCGAGCAUCCUGGAGAUUAGUAAUCCUCGCCAGAGCUCGCCAAGUUGUUUGUGUGGUGCGUUAUGCAAGCGAGGAGAGGUAUUGGAGCUGGAAUGGAACUGGAACUGGGCAGCUAGUAGCGGUGCGAAGAAGGGUUUAAUCUCUGGCUGCUCAACACCCCGAGCUGGAGCUGGAGCUUGAAAAAAGCGUGUAAAGGAUAUAGGAUAUAGGAUGGGAGAGGCUAUGCCACAAAAUGCGGAUCUAAAAAGUGGGAUUGAGCAAUCGAUCACUUGACCUACCGACCGACCGAUCGACUGCUGAUGGAACCCAAAAACACACACAAAUCAAUUGAAACAAAUUAAUUUACAAUGCUAAACUGGCAACAUAAUAAUAAUAAUAAUACACAAAGAAAAAAUCAAAUAACAAAAUCAACCAACCCACAAAAACUACAACAACAAGAAGCAACAACCAGAAGAUUAAGAAGAUGGGAGGAGUGUAAAGCGAAGCAACCAACCAACCAACAAAAGAAUGUCAACCAAUGUGAUGUUAAAUUUUAUAUUUUGUACUAUGGAUAAUGAUGUAAUUGUAAUUGUAAUGUAUAUGUAUGUAUUUAUUAUUUUAAACAGGACUAAAAUAGGAUAAAC